AUGAAGAUCCUUACGAAGGAAGAGCAAGCUGCUCACUACCGAGAAGUCGUCCGUGGCGGUGCUGUGGGCACUAUUCUGGGGUGCAUCGGCGGAUUGGCAGGCGUGGUGGCUGGAUCACGGCGCUUCCACACCGUGCGGACACUGACACUGCCUAUGAAAGCCUUCCUAGUGACGUCCUCAAGCACAUUCGUGGGCAUAAUCGCGGCGGACCACUCAUCACGUGCAUUCGAAGCUGCACGGAACAAAAACCUGCGAUACCUCGAAGAGCGCGAGGCAAAAAUACACAAGAACGAGUUCGCGAACAUGACGACCAAGGACCGCGUCUUCGAGUUUCUGCAUAAAGAGAAAUACAAGAUUAUUGGCGUGACAUGGAUAGCGAGUAUUGUCGGCUCGUUUAUCCUCGUUGGUCGCAAUCCAUACCUGACAGGGCAGCAGAAAAUUGUGCAAGCGCGUGUGUAUGCGCAGGGAUUGACGGUGGCGUUGAUGUGUACGACUGCGGCGUUUGAAAUUCAUAGUCAACGACAGGGUCGGGGUAUUAUGGACCCGGCAAAGCAGGAGCACCAUGAGAGGUAUGAGGGGGAGGAUAUGUGGAAGGAUAUGGUCGAUGCGGAGGCGGCCAAGUUGAAAAGCAAGCAUCGGGAUCUGUACGGACGCAAGAGUGGAAAGAAGGAGGAUGAGAAGAAGGACGAAAAGAGCGAUGAGAAAAAGGACGAAAAGAGCGAUGAGAAAAAGGACGAAAAGAGCGAUGAGAAGAAG